CCGCGCGUGACGUCACCCAACCCCCUCAUUAGCAUACCGCGGCCGCCCGCGACGUCACUUCCGUCAUCACCCCCAACCCCCCCACCAAAGAUGGCGUCCAUGGCGAGCGAGGCUCCGUGUGUCUCUGGAGACGCCUGUGAUAAGAGGUCGGAGAGACUCAAGAAGCUGAGAGAGCUGCACCUCAGACGGAAUGAGUCUAGGAAGCUGAAUCAACAGCAGGUCCAGGAGGAGUCUCAUCAGCAGCAGCUGCCCCUGAAUUGGGAGGCGCAGAAGGAGAGGGCCCAGCGGCAGCUGGCCACGGAGCAGCGCAGACAGGAGUGUGAGGCUCAGGGCGAGGAUUUCGAGAGGCAGCAGCUGCUGGCGACCAGCGCCGAGGAUGCCGACCGCUGGGAGCGGAAGAAGCGGAAGAGGAAUCCGGAUCCCGGAUUCUCAGACUAUAGUGCUGCUCAGGAGCGGCAGUACCAGAGACUCGUGAGGCAGAUCAAGCCAGACCUGGAGGAGUACCGCACUCAGAGGGAGCGAGCUGGAGAGGAUUUGUUCCCAACUGCGGACAGCCUGUCCCACGGAUCUCACCGUCCGUCCGAGGACGCGAUUAGCCGCAUGGUGACAGACGUCGAAAAACAAAUCGACAAGAGGGCCAAGUUUAGUCGCCGUCGCUGCUUCAACGACGACCAGGACAUUGAUUACAUCAACGAGCGUAACGCAAAGUUCAACCGCAAGGCGGAGCGCUUCUAUGGCAAGUACACGGGGGAGAUCAAGCAGAACCUGGAGAGAGGCACCGCUGUCUAGACAGAGACACGGAGACACAGAGAGAGACACAGAGAGAGA